GCGAGUCUCAACGCUGACGAGCAUUAAAUAUAAAAGUCAUUAUAAAUCGGAAUAUGAGAGGCUUUAAUAAUAAACUCUAUUGUUACACUAAAACCAGCUUAACUUAACGAGGUAACCUAUUAAAAGUGUCUUUUAAACUGGAAGACGCUCAAUGAGAACAACUACGAAUCAGGUGAUUUCUCAGACAUGAGUCUGUGUUCAGGUGGAGAAACGAAGCUAUCGGGAUUGUGAAGCGUCUGACCGUUAGUCUGAUCUCCGCUGCGUUCUUUGGUGCUCUGGGCUCGUCCUUUCUGUACGGAUAUAAUCUGUCUGUGGUCAACGCACCUGCUGCUGUGAGUUCGGCAUUAACCUUUGACCUCUCAACAUUACACACACAAUUGUCCAAGGAGUUUUAUAUGUGUACAUAAAGACCUUCUACAAUAAAACAUGGAUGAACCGUUAUCAGGAGCCAAUAGGAUACGAGACGGUCACUCUGCUGUGGUCCGUCACCGUGUCCAUCUUUGCCAUCGGUGGCCUGGUGGGGGCGCUGAUGGUCUCUUUCCUCAUCAAAGUAUUGGGCAGGAAAGGAACACUUUUGGCCAAUAAUGUCCUCGCUCUGAUCGCUGCUCUCCUGUUGGGUCUUGGGGAAACAGCCGGCUCUUUUGAGAUGCUCAUCAUUGGUCGCUUCAUCAUUGGCAUGGACUCAGGUGUGUCUCUGAGUGUGUUGCCGAUGUAUCUAGGUGAGAUUUCUCCACGGCAGAUUCGUGGUUUCAUUGGUCAGUUUCACUCUAUCUUCAUCUGUCUGGGUGUUUUUAUUGGACAGGUGUUGGGCUUACCUGAGAUAUUUGGACAGGAAAGCAGAUGGAACUUUCUGUUUGGGUUCCUCGCUGUUCCAGCGAUACUGCAGUUGUGUGUUCUGCCGUUUCUACCCGAGAGUCCAAGAUUCCUGCUGAUGGAACGACGAGAUGAGGCUCGAGCCGAGAGAGCAUUCCAGGUAUUUCUGGGUCGUACUGAUGUGUCUCGUGAGCUGGAGGAGGUUCACGCUGAGAGUCGAGCUCAGAGCACACAGCGGUCAGUGGUGGCGAUGGAUUUGCUCCGGAAGCGAGCGGUCCGCUGGCAGCUCAUCACCGUGGUCGUGGUCAUGAGUUGUUAUCAGCUCUGUGGACUCAACGCUAUCUGGUAUUACACCAACGGCAUCUUUGAGGAUGCUGGAUUUACAAAGUCGCUCAUUCCCUACAUCACGCUCAGCACGGGCGGCAUAGAGACGCUGGCGGCCAUCAUAUCGGUGAGCGGAAGCAACUGCAAUGGUUUAGUGAUAGAGAGAGUUGGACGCAGGCCGUUAUUAAUCUUUGGCUUUUCAUCGAUGGCCGUCUGCUUCAGUCUUCUGACUGUCUUCCUCAAUUUUCAGGAUAGAUUCUCAUGGAUGCCAUAUCUCAGUUUUGUCUCCAUUCUCGCUCUGAUUGCUUCUUUCUGCUCUGGCCCAGGUGGCAUCCCGUUUGUUUUGACCGGUGAACUUUUUGAACAGGCCAAUCGUCCGGCUGCGUUCAUGAUCGCUGGAACGGUGAACUGGCUGGCAAACUUUGCUGUAGGACUCCUGUUUCCCUUCAUACAGGAGGCGCUGCAGACUUUUGCCUUCCUGCUGUUUGUGGUGGUGUGUGUGGCCGGGGCUGUUUACCUGCUCCUCGUUCUGCCAGAGACCAAAAACAAAACCUUUAUGGAGAUCAGCCAGAGUUUUGCCAAGAUGAACGGAGUGUCGGAUCAGACGGACACAGAGAUGCAGGACGCUCUGGAGCGCAGCAGACGCCUGCAGACCGACACACACACAGCCAACGGCAUCAAACACACUGACACGGAAAUGGAAAGUUCAUUCUGAAGGGUUUGUACUGCUGAAUAACUUUAAAACACAACAACAGCCGAGUGUGACGCUCAGAAGAGAUUCUGAUGUUGGGUUUAAAGUCACCAGUAGAUUUUUAUUGGACAUCAGUUGAGAGACAUUAUCAUAUGUGAGUGUUUUAUUCUUCAGACUAAAUUCCUCAGAAAACACAAAGUGUUUUAACCAGAAUGUCUGUUGUUUUAUUAUAAUAAUAAUAAUAGUACACAGUUUUAUAAAGCGCCAUUAAAAGUUUAUUUCUCAAAGCGCUUUACUGCAAACAUCACAUCAGGUAAAACAAAAAUAAGAACACUGUACACAGAUAAAAGUUAUAGAAUAAACAAUACAACAUAACUUGAAUAAUCAAGUAAAACCAAUCGUAAAAUGAAAUAUUUUAGGAAGAGAUUUAAAAAUAAUCUUUGUUUGAUUUAAUAAUAGUGGUUUUGAAACUGUGUGUGUGAAGGAAUUCUUUAAAGUAAUAAAAUUCACAGCGAUAGAAGUGAUGAUCUGUGGGUCCUGACUCUGCAGAACAUCAUGAUAUUAAAAACUCAAAAACUGACUUUUAUGUUAUAAAUAUGACAUUACAGUCUUUCUAAUGCCCACAUGAUCUCUUCCCUGUGUCAACGUUGGAAGACACUUUGUCUUAGCCGACCACAUAUUUUUGUACUAUG